CCGUCGCGACCGAUCCAUCAUGCAUCGCAGCCCCAGCGCGACGUCAAUUGACACCUAUAGCAGCCACAGCGACGUUGACACGACGGUGUGCACGAACGCCGAUUACCGCCGAGCGUAUUACGCGAAGAACAAACACAAAGAGUUAGCGCGCAUGAAGGUGUAUUACGAGACCAACAAGGAUAAGUUUAGCGCGUACGGGAAAGACUACUACGAGCGCAACCGGGAAAAAGAACUCGGACGCUUCAAAGCGUAUCGCGCCAAGAACCUCGAACGCGACCUCGAGCGCAAGAAGCAAUGGUACGUCCGCAACCGCGACAAAAUUCUCGCGUACGCCAAAGCGUACGACCGCAAGAACCGAGACAGACGCAACGCGUACCAACGCGAGCGACGACGAAAACUCAAGGAAGCAGCCUGCCACUCCCUGACCAAGCCGACCGUGGCAUCCGCAUCCCUUGUGUCGUCCAUCCCAUCGAUGCGUCUGUCGUUCCUGUUGAACCCCGUCCCGUGCGGCGAAUAGGUCGGUGUGUAGUGUAGAAUUUGUAGUGUCGUGUAGAAUGAGGUUAGCGUGUACAGUUGUAAUAUGAACGCGAUAUUUAGGGCUUCCA